AUUCACGUCCCGUAUACCCGGGUCUGGGAUUUUAUCCCUGACAACUCCAAGAGGGCCUUCCAGCAGAGCCAUAUUGUCUACUUUGAAUUGGACCUCACCCAUCCCUAGACCAUCUCUGCUCUUACCAGUUGCCAGCUCCUGCCACAGGGCGAAAACCUUCAGGAUGUGCUCCCCAGGGACAUUUACCGCCGGCUCAAGCGCCACUUGGAAUACGUCAAGCUCAUGAUGCCUUCCUGGAUGACUCCAGACCAACGGGGCAAAGGCCUGUAUGCUGACUAUCUCUUCAAUGCCAUCGCAGGCAACUGGGAGAGGAAAAGGCCGGUAUGGGUCAUGCUGAUGGUGAAUUCUCUGACUGAGGUGGACAUUAAGUCACGUGGUGUACCUGUCUUGGAUCUCUACCUCGCCCAGGAAGCUGAACGCCUUCGAAAGCAGACCGGGGCAGUGGAAAAAGUAGAGGAGCAAUGCCACCCACUGAACGGCCUCAGUUUUUCUCAAGACCCAAAUUUCAUCAAUUCCACUCUGCCACCUCACGAACGCAUCACGGCUCAGGAGAUUGACAACUACUUCCGCCAGGAGCUCAUCUACAAGCGGAAUGAGAGGAUGGGCAAGAGAGAUAAAGAUCUACUGGAGGAGUAUCCAGACAAAAGUUUCUUCUUUGCAUUUGGAGCAGGUCAUUUCAUGGGCAACAAUACAGUGAUCGAUGUUUUGAGGAGAAAAGGAUAUGAAGUUGACCAUACCCCUGCUGGAGAUGCCACCAACAGUGGGAAGCAUCAGAAGGUGCUGUCUGCCCUCUCUUCAUCUUCCCCGGAAUACGCCUCCUACAUCAUCUCUCAGGAGCUCCACUCUCCCCAGCAACAUCCGCAGAAAGAGGAGGAGGAAGAGGAGGAGCUGCUGCCUCAUUUGCUUCUGCCAGAAAGCAUUGACCUGCUGGAAAAAGGGGACAGGAAAUACAAAAAGAAGAAAAAGAAGCAGCAGAAGAAGCAGCGCUUGCGCCAGUUCAAUGACCUCUGGGUACGCAUCGAGGAAAGUACAACUGAUCCGCCUCCUCGGAUUCGUAUAAUUAAUGGGUACAUUACCGUCGAGCCGCAACCACGGGGCCACGGACGAUCCAGUCACAUCCAGACAGACACCAACUGCUCCAGUGGGCUAUUUCUGUUCUUCUCCACCAUGAUAUUGACUUUCGUGUUGCCCUCAGUGAUUAUACUGAUGUUGGCGUGAACCUUCCAUGUAGAACUGCAUAUUUUUAUCUUUUUUUCAAAGGAUCUGAGGUGAAGCGAGAAAAGAACAACUUUUCUGAAGGGCAGAUCAUCUAUAUGGAUUUUUUAUUUUUAUUUUUUGCCUCAUCCUUUUCCUGAAUCUGGACCAUUAACAUGAUUAACUGGUUUGACCGUGCCCAAUACAGAAGAUGUUUUUGAUGAAAGCCAUUCUUUAUCCUUCUCUUGCAGAAGAAUUCUUUCAUGUUAUCCCAUGAUGAUUUUGGGGAUGUAUAUGUAACAUAGCUGUUAUUUAGCUGUAUGAAACUGACUUGAAAACAAUUUGGGGGUUUGUUUGUUGUUUCUAUGUGGUCUCUUGUGGAUGCUAUAACGAGCUUUGAGCUUCUCAAAGCAAUAGGAACUUGGACUUGAAGGUAUUAAUUUGGCCAAAAUUGUACUGUUUGGAAUGAAGUGUUUUCUGCUCUUUUCAGAUCCACACAACCAUCUGUUUCAGUGUUAUCACUGCCUUUUCUGCCCCCAACCUCUGUACUCUUGGUACUUGUCGCUUUUUACUGGACCCAUUCCUGUGUUUUUAACGAUAGCUGAACACACACACACAGUCUUUAGGAGGUGAUGCUUUUCACAGGAGUUACCUUUUUCAUGUCAGGAAAAGCUUUGCCUCUUAAAUAUUGGUGUGUAUGCCAGCUCAAAAGCUUGCUCCUCUCUCCCGCGUAAUUUGAACCAUUUCUGAAAUAAGCAAGUGUUUUAUUUUUCCUGCCCUUUCCAAAGGGUUGCUAGAUCCUAGCCUGGAGCUAGUGACUAUCCCUUAAAAGAUUUUACAUGGGAUGCGGAUGCUGCGCCUCUUUUGUCUUGUUCCUCUUCUGGUCAUCUUGCCUAUUAGGCUUUCUACCUCCGUGAUCUGCCUAACCUUAAUUUUGCCUUGAAGCAGCUAUGGACAGAGGCAGGUUCAGGAGCCAAGUGGAUGAACCGGGUACUGGCAAAGCCUUAGAAAUCAUAAUACAACGGCGAUAAUAAAUAA